AUGAAACUCAGUCAUGAAACAGUCACGAUAGAAUUGAAAAAUGGAACUCAAGUACAUGAAACCAUAACUGGUGUGGAUGUAGCAAUGAAUACACAUUUAAAAAUAGUCAAAAUGACUAUAAAGAACAGAGAUCCAAUACAGUUAGAUACUCUUAGCUUGAGGGGAAACAACAUCAGGUAUCACAUUUUUCCAGAUUCCUUACCUUUGGAAACGUUAGUCAUCGAUGACACACCUAAGGCAAAGGCUAAAAAGAAGGAAGCUGCUCGAGGAGCCACAAGAGGCAGAGGAGCUUGA